CAGUCUUCAGUCGUCAGUCUCUCUCCCCUUUUCUUCAGUCUUCUAACUUUCAGAGAAGGCCUAAAAUUUCAUUGUUUCUCUCUUCACAAUAUUUAUAAAAUUAAAAAAAAAUUAUAAAUCUGUUGUUUCUCCCUCUUUUCUCUUCUCUUCUGUUCUGUCUCUUCUGUCAUCUUCCCUUGUCUCCUCUCUCUGUUGUACAUUUGCGUUUUUUCAUCUCGGAAGCCCUAGAUUUCGAAGUCAAAUCUACCUUCUUCUUUCUCCUCUUUGUCUUAAUUUUUCGUAAUUUCGAAUCUGCUUUUUUCGAAGUGAGCUCAAGAUUUAGCUUUGCUUCUUUCUAGGGUAGUGUGUAGUACUCUGUUCUUCUUCAUAAAGUUUCAAUCUUUCAACCAAAAGGGUCAAAACCCAUUUGAAAUCUCGGCGAAAGACUUGUGAUUCAAGGUUUUAGAUGCAUGGACGGGAGAGAAGCAAUGUCAUUUCCUUCUCACUACUAUCUUCCAAGAGGAGCCUUCACGAAUCUCUCACCUUCCCAGGUCGCGAGUGGACUCCACGCGCCGCCGCCGGGAAUGAGGCCGAUGCCUAGCCCCAACGUCCACCACCCUCAGGCUAACAAUCCGGGGCCUCAUUUCCCCAUGGCCGACCACAGACACUCUGAUUUCGGACACAGCAUUCACAUGGGGAUGGCUUCUUCUGCGGCGGUGCAGCCGCCUCCUCUGCCGCAGCAGCCGCCACCGCCUCCGAUGGAGCAGCCGUUGGUUAAGAAGAAACGUGGAAGGCCGAGGAAGUAUGCUCCUGAUGGACGAGUCUCUUUAGGGCUUUCUCCUGUGCCUUGUUCUUCUGCUGGUAGUAAUAAAGCUAAGGACUCUUCUGCAAUGACUGAUCCAAAUGCUCCUAAGCGAGCCAGAGGUCGACCUCCUGGAACUGGAAGGAAGCAACGACUGGCUAAUCUUGGUGAGUGGAUGAACACUUCAGCUGGAUUUGCUUUUGCACCUCAUGUCAUCAGUGUUGGAGCAGGAGAAGAUAUUGUUUCAAAAGUAAUGUCAUUUUCACAGCAAAGACCACGAGCUCUUUGUAUAAUGUCAGGCACUGGAACAGUUUCUUCAGUCACUCUACGUCAACCCGCUACAACAGAGCCUUCUUUGACAUAUGAGGGACGUUUUGAGAUACUAAGUUUAGGUGGAUCUUAUUUGGUGAAUGAAGAAGGUGGAUCCAAAAGUCGAACCGGCGGUUUGAGUGUGUCCCUUUCUGGUCCUGAAGGUCAUGUUAUUGGCGGUGGGAUUGGAAUGCUUAUCGCAGCCAGCCUCGUUCAGGUGGUGGCUUGUAGUUUUGUAUAUGGUGGAGUCCCAAAGUCUAAUAAUAACAAUAACAAGACCAUCAAACAAGAAGGUGAACCAAAGGAAGAGCACAACGAUAGUGAAAUGGAGACAACACCGACUAAUCCAGAAGCAGCAGCAGAACAGGUGGCUCAGCAGACGCCACAGAACUUCUCAGGUCAGGGAAUGAGUGGAUGGCCCGGUUCAGGGGAAGGUUCAGUCUCAGGCUCAGGCAGAUCACUUGACUCUAGCAGAAACCUACUCACUGAUAUUGACUUGACUCGCGGAUGAUUCAGAACAUUAAUCUUUAUUCCUAUUUACUACACUACCUUCUUAGUUAUUGAAGCAGCAGCAGCAUGCAGAAUGUGAGUGCUGUAAAUAUCUUUGUUGUUGUAGAUUAUUUAUCAGGGAAUGUUAAACUAGAAAUCUCAGAGAACUGUGUUCCUUCUAACAUUGUUAUUGUAGCAAAACCCCUCCCUUGAGGUUAUUUAAGGAUAUUUUUAACUA